UAAGUUAAACCAAAACUUUCCGUGUUUGAGUAACUAAUCAACCUCUAGCUUAUUUACACUCUGUCUCUGUGCAUGAGAUUCUGUACUGGAAAAUACAAAGGCCACGAGAAUCACCCCAGAUCGAAGCAAAACCCCCCCUCACCUCACCGCCUCAAUCCACAAGCAAUACCUCUCAAGUGGAUUCUUUUCUCUUCCUCUCACUUCUCAAGCUCUCUCCCAAUCACCCCCCUCUUAUACCUCUUGAGGGGUUGUCGCAUCAUUCUGCACCAUAAUCUCACCGACUUGGUUUGUAGUAAGGAAGCGAUGAUGGCGAUUACUCACGACGACCUCUCGCUGAAGAAGCUGAAGGAGGCCGGUAUCAGCAGCAGACUCGCUCUCUUUCUUGUCAUCUUCUCUGUGCUUUGCGGCCUCACCGCUUUCAUUUUGUGCCUCACAGCAGAGGGCUCCAGGUCUGAGGUGACAUAUUUGCUUGUGACCACACCGAGCAGCAAGGACUACAAGUGCUACUACAGCGCACCGGCAGGACAUUCCUCUGGCCUGCGCCCGCGGUGGGCGCGCAUUCCUCAUUCUUGCCAAUACCCAUGUUCACCGAGCACUGCUUAUAUGCUCAUCGCUGUUACAAAUCCUCAGCCACCGGCGUUGGCAGCCUGGACCACACCGCAAGAUCCCAGAGCAACAUCAACAAACAGAGAUCUUACUUGGCAAUCAUGCUUCCUCUUUCUCACGACGUGGGUCUUUUUCGCUCUGGCCGAGGUUCUUCUGAUGAUUGGUAUUGGUGUAGAAUCUGGCCACCUCAGCAACUGGACGAGUCCUAAACCCAACUGUCAUGCAGUUCGGCCUGGUGUUUUCGCGGUCGCUGGUGUCUUUGGAUUAGUUACGGUGUUCCUCGGCGUCGGACUUUACCUGACUGCAUUGAGAUCACAAAGAUUGCAGCUCCAAGAGCAUGGAAGAAUCCCAACCGGCCCGGGCCCAUACCCACAUGUUCCCCCCACCGCACCCGUUAUUGAAGAACGUCAGAGCCAGCGGCAACCUCCACAGCAUGUUGAUAAAACUUCGACUUCCGCAUAGACCUGAAAGCUAGAUUUUAUGCCUGUCCAAUCAAUUUAAUUUAAAUUCUUGCGUCUUGUAAGCUUGAAGAGAGGCUGUGAAAAUAAAGAUCUCUUGGGGGAAAAAAAUAUCACUAUUUCCAUCAGUGUAUCGACAUACAAAUUUUCAAACUGGUUAGUGAUCAAACUCUCACAAAUAGGAGAUAGAACUUCCGUUAGCUCACCCAAACAAUAAAACUGACAGCUAAAAAAAACACAGCAAACAACUUAUUCACCUUUCUGCUUUCCUUUUUACAUGUAACAAGCACACCACUGUAGAAAACCCCCCACUGAACACUGGAUCAUCACGGAUACAUACAGUUUGUAUUCAGCAUUGUAAGUCACCGGGAUGCUGUUGACUUACUUGGUCUUUUGCC